AUGGCUAUCCGCUUCUGGCCAUUCUUGAUCUCCGUCGUCGCCGCUGCUGCACGACCUCCCAGCAGUCACACAGAUCCGCCAUGCAGAUACAUCCCUGGUGAUAAGGGAUGGCCAAGACAGGGGGUAUGGGAUCGCUUGAAUAGUACGGUCGGUGGCAGACUGAUCGGAACUGUUCCCUUGGCGCACAUCUGUCACGAUGCUGGCAUUUACCCGGCCUUCAAUGAGCCUGCAUGUGAGGGGCUACAGGAAGCUUUCAAUGAAGCUGGUGCGCAGACUUUACAACCACAACCGGGCGAGUUUAUGAACGCCUACUUUCUCAACACCUCAUGCUCACCCUUUACGCCGCAAUCCAUGCCUUGCGAGCUUGGUAAUCGUGCUGUUUACUCCAUCGAUGUGACCGGACCCGCCGACGUGCAGGCUGGCUUGAAAUUCGCGAGUGAGAACAACAUUCGUCUCGUUGUUAAAAGUACCGGUCUUGAUUAUAUGGGCAAAUCCACUGGCUAUGGAGCUCUUUCUCUGUGGAUGUAUAACCUCAAGACUAUCGAGAUUAACCCCCACUACGUGAGUCCCCAUUAUUCUGGAGCAGCCGUAAAGCUGGGCCCUGGCGUCAUUGCCGGGGAGGCCUAUGAAGCCAUGGAUGCUGCAGGGUACCGAAUCGUAGCACCCGAAUGUGGCCUCAGCGGGAUUGCCGGGGGUUAUCUACAAGGUGUGGGCCACUCGCAGCUUGUCACAAAAUACGGAGCCCCCGCCGACCAGGUUCUUGAGUGGGAACUUGUCACCCCCGCCGGGAAGUAUCUGACCGCCACACCCAAGAAGAACAAAGACCUGUACUGGGCACUCUCUGGGGGUGGAGGCGGGACGUACGGGGUUGUGCUUAGUGUGACACUCAAAGCGUACCCAGACGGACCCGUUGCCGGAGGCACGCUAGUUGUCAACAACACGAAUGACGCCGCGUUCUGGAAAGCUAUCGGGAACUGGUUCCAACGGGGCCCAUCUUUUGUGAACAACACUACCAACAACGUUCAGUUCCUCGUGACGAACGCCACCCUGCAAGUCUUCAGCUUCGUUCUACCGGACCAGGAGACAUCCGCCGUCGACGCUCUCGUCGCCCCCUUUAUUGAGGACCUGAAACGGCUGAAACUCCCGUAUGAGCUUAAGACCGGCCAGGCGCGCACGUAUGCCGACAGUCUGGUCUCAUCGUACGGGCCUCUGCCCUACGGGAACCUAUGUCCGAGCUUCCCUAUCAUCUCCAGCCGGCUUAUCCCGCGGGCGACGGUGCUGGAGCCCAGAUCCAAUGCCAAGCUAAUGGAUGCAUACCGUUCUAUCACCGCCGAUGGCACAUGGUUCGUCGGCUGCUCCUUCAUCAACGUGGACGAGGGCUCGCCAAUCCGUGGCUCCCAUCCGCCCAACUCAGUCCACCCGGCCUGGCGUAAGGCAAUUGCCUACUGCAAUCCUAACAAUCCCUGGGACUGGGAGGAUCCCGAGAAGAGUCUCGCGCUGAAGAAGCAGCUUGUGGAUGAGUUCUUCCCGGCUAUGGAGGCCGCGACGCCAGGGUCUGGUGUCAAUCUGAAUGAGAUGGAUCCGUGGUAUAAAGGAGAUUGGAAGCAGACAAUGUAUGGAGAUAACUAUGACAAACUGCUAAAGAUCAAGCAUGCUAAUGACCCGCAUCGGUUGAUGUAUGGUCAUUUUGCGGUGGGAGCGGAUGAGUUCACAUUAGAUAAAGAGAACAGACUCUGCAGAGCUCGAUAG